AUGGCAAGUUUGCCUCGUGCUUCUUCGAACUUAGAAACAACACCUUUCAAUCGUAAAGCCACAGAAAGCCACUUCCAACCGUUAUGGGAUGGGCCAAUCAUAGAUUCAAGCAUAUAUAGUACAACACACUACGACACGUUUCGCCGUUGGAAGCCUUCUGACCUGGCUUACUUCCUUAUGAUCACAUGUUUACACCUUAUCAAAAACAUCAGUGUGGAAGCUGCCACGCUUUGCUUGCAUGUCAUAGGUGCAGUCUCCGCCUUCAACACCGAUAAAAAGUCUUCGCCAGCCAUUUUACCAAAGGCUAUGAGUACAUUUCUUGAUGGACUAAGGAUUGAGCCAAAGAUUCGCAGAACAGUGUGCUGCCCCAAAUGCUUCAGGAUGUACUAUGGUGAUAAGAUUCCUACAUUUUGCACGUCUCAAGUUACUCCCAGGAGCCGUAACCACGGCACGAGGGCUUUUGGAAUGAAGUCCGACCCACAAUCUGCUGAAGAUCCAAGGAACGGGGAUGCUAGCGAUGUUGAAGACUCGGAGACGGAGACUGUAGCACCAGAUGUGUAUUGGAAGGAUUGCUCUGUUGACGCAGCAUCAGAAAACCCAGAUACGGAACUACGAUCAUCAUCUCCCCCUCCAACUCCAGGGUAUCUAUCAGCAGAGAGCAAUGACAAAUUGUUGUUUGCAUUUGAAGAGAUGAACUUAGAAAGUGAUACUUGCUCUGCGACAGCGCCCCAGGAUUAUCAAUCAACGCAAGAGCAGACAGAAAGCUUUUUAGAAGACGACGCAUUUGAUGAAGAUCUCUCUGACUUGGAAGAUGCUUAUGAAGAUGAACUCGGUUGGAAAUUUUUUGAUGAUCCUCAGAACCUAGCUACAUUGCAAGAUAUCACAAGAAAUAUAAACCUUCCUUCCUGGGUUGGACGCGUGCCUAGCACUGUAGGGACACGGAAGGGCGGGAAAUUGAAGGCAGAUGAAUGGGUCGUUCUCUUCCAGAACACCGCUUCCUCCACCCCAUCUCAUAUUGCUAGGACGGAUGGUGAACCAAAGAAAAAUGGUAAAGCAUGGCGACAUAUCCUACUCAACUUGGGAGCAUCACCAGGGGAACAGUAUUGUUAUGUAUCAGUCUAA